CCCCCCACCCCCUCUCUCUCUCUCUCUCUGUACAUUAGAAGGCCUCUGGCACUUCGCACAGUGUUACAGUCCUCUCUCUUCCUCCGCCAUGGCCAUCCUCAAUUCCCCGACUUUAUCUUCUUCUUCGUUUCUCUCCACCCUCGGAAAGCAGCCCUUCUUCUCCUCUCCCCGCAAAAGCUCAACCCAUUUGUCGCUUCCGUUUACCCACAUCUCCAAAUCACAUCAACAUAAACCUCUCAAAACCCUAGCCCCCACGCGCCCUCUACGAUCCGCCGCCAUUUCUAACGUAUCCGCCUCCACUUCCGCCGCCCCGCAAUCCCUCAAAUCCCGCCUCCGGAACGGCGACACCCUCUACGGCCUCUUCCUCCUCACCUUCUCCCCCACCCUCGCGGAGAUCGCCGGCCUCGCCGGCUACGACUUCGUCGUCGUCGACAUGGAGCACGGCCCCGGAGGCAUCCCCGAAGCCCUUACUUGCCUCCGCGCCCUCGCCGCCACCCGCACACCGGCCAUUAUCAGACUCCCUGAAUCCUGCCCAACCUGGGCCAAAAAGGCCCUAGAUCUCGGCCCUCAGGGCAUCAUGUUCCCGAUGAUCGACACCCCCAAACUGGCUCGCAAAGCCGUCUCGUACUGCCGCUUUCCCCCGAACGGAAUCCGCGGCUCGGCUCACACCGUCGUUAGGGCUUCAAACUACGGAAUCGACGCCGGAUAUCUGAGCAAUUACGAGGAGGAUUUGUUGAUUAUGUGCCAGGUGGAGUCGGUGGAAGGCGUGGAGAAGAUCGAGGAGAUCGCCGCCGUCGAUGGAGUCGACUGCAUUCAAAUGGGGCCGUUGGAUCUGAGCGCCAGCGUGGGGUACUUGUGGGACCCGGGGCACAAGAAGGUGCGGGAGGUGAUGAGGAAGGCGGAGAAGGCUGUGCUGGCGAAGAACAGCGGCGCGUACCUCGCCGGCUUCGCGAUGCCGCACGAUCGGCCGGAAGAUCUACGGCUGAGGGGCUACCACAUGGUGUCCGGCGCGGUGGAUACAGGGAUGUUCAGGAGCGCCGCCGUGCAGGAUGUGAAUAAGUUCAAGACGAGUUUGGCGGCGGAGGACGACGGCGAGGAGGAUCGGAAAGACGGCGACGCAGAUGAUAAGUACUGGAGCGAAUGAAACUGGACCGGUUGAAAAGUGAAUUUGUAUUAUCCUUCCGCCUGAAAGUGUUAGAUAGCUUUCUCCUCUUCGUUGUCGAUACGGCGAAGAAGCCGCCGGCGGCCUGGCCGCUUUCCUUGUGAUUUGGUUGCGCACCGUAUCCAAUAAUUCUCCUUCAAAUCAUUUUUAGCAUCAAUAAUCUUAGCUUUAAUUUAAUUUUGUUCGCAAAACUUGUUCAUGAAUUUUGAAUAGGUAACGCCACGAGCCAUGGCUAAUGUUAUAGUUGGAUGA